AUGAAUGUUAUUCAACGAGCUGUGAUAUUUUCCAUCGUAAUAGUAUGUAUCCAGUGCCAAUCAAUAAAUGACCUAGAUGCUGACAAAAUAAAAAGUAAAAUAGAAAAAGGUCUAGGAGAUUUAAAUAUAGACAUUCCAGAUGUAGACUUAAAUUCUACGAAUAUGCCUAACGCCGAGGAUAUAGAAAAAGUGUUAAGAGAAAAAUGUGAAAAAAAUGGAGCAGCUGACGCAGUAGAUUUGAUUAAGGAUGAACAAGAAACCGCUCGAGUUUGUAUAGAAUCUUACGUUAACGUAACAUCCCUAGAAGAGGAACUGGAAGAGAAAAAAAAGACAGGUUCUAUGGAUGAAGUGUUCUCAAAAUACUGUAAGAAAUGGCCAGACAUUAAGGGAUGUUUUGAUAAUGCCAUUUCUAUUUCAAGAUCGUGUAUGGAUAAAAAAGAAGAAGACGCCUUCAAUAGAACGCUGGAUAUUAUAAACGAUUUGCAAGAAUUUAUGUGUUACAAGGAUGGAGAUAGAUUGGCCAUGUUUGUUGCUGAAGGUGGCGUCGAAUGUAUGUCAGAGAGGAAAGAUGGUAUACAAGAUUGUUUAAAUAAAACUCUUGGCUCAAGAAUACCUGAUACUGAUGAUCUUUCUGUCACAAAUUUACCAGUUAUGCUCUUUACAGAUAGAGAUUGCAGCGAUUUCGAAGAAGUCAGAGAAUGUGUUAAUCAUGAACUAGAGAAGUGCAAAGAUAGUACUCCCGCAAAUAUCGUCGACGCCUUCUUCAAAUUCUUAAAGAAACAACUACCUUGUAAAGGAACUCUAGCACAGAAGAGCACUAAACCAAAUUCUGCUUGGUCCAUGUCUAGCAGUUCACUACUUUUGGUUAUUUCCUUUUUGUAUAUCAGGCUGUAUUAAACUCUCUAAUUUUUUACAGUGGGUGAGCAGAUAUUCUUACGCAUCUAGUUAUUAUGCCAUAAUAAUAAUUUUAUUAUCAGUAGUGAGAUCUAAGUUUAGAAAUAUAUUCUGAAGCAUUGAGUUGUUUAUAUGUCUGUGAUAACUUAAUAUCUGCACAAAGAAAACAUCAUAACAAUUUUUAUUCAAAAUAGUAUUCGGCAAAUAUAUCAAUCUGAAUAUAAAAGUUAUAAGUGAAAGGAUUCAAUACAAAAAUAAAUGAUUUCAUCAAUGAAGUCGUCCUUAGUAACAAAGUAAUAUAAUCCAGGGCAGUAUUGCAAUAAACUGAAAUUUAUUUACUAGAUUUCGUUCUCUAUCUUGCGAACUUG